AUGCUACAGAAUGUUGAAAAAUGUAAAAACUUCUUAUCUACAUUAAUAAAAUUAGCUCAAAGUCAACCAGCAGAAACCGUUCGUAAUGUUCGAGAACUUAUACAGGGUCUUAUUGAUGCUAAAGUUGAACCUCAAACAUUUACAGAGAAAUUACAAGUUGAAUUAAAAUCAUCACCUCAGCCUUAUUUAGUUCCUUUUUUAAAGGUAAAGUGUUUUUAUAUUUGA